AUGGCGGAUCUCGAUACCGGCAAGAUCAAGAACUGGCGUUCGAUCGUCACGCUUAUUGUUUUCAUCAUCACUAAUAUCAUCGUGCUUUUCCCCUUCCAUAUUCCCAUCUACGUCCCACGCACAUUCUCAAAUGCAGUGCUGGAUUUUUUGAGCAAAUUGCGAAUUAUCCCUCCGAGGGAAAAUCGCUUUCAACUCGAUGAUCAGGAAGACCCCAAUGGCAAACUUAAGCCAUAUGUGCGAAUGAACUUUCCUCUUAACUUUGUCACAGCACCGCUCAUAGCAGACCUGUUUCUGCUGGCGAUCUUGGCGAUCGGACGGGAGGAAGUGCGUGGUGGCACGCUUGGGGCCGACAAUAUCAUCCCAAUCGAUAUCAUGGCCUUCUUCCUAACUCUGGCUUACAUCGCCAUCUCCAUCGAUGCAUCCGGUCUGAUUAGGUACCUGGCUUUCAAAGUCCUUCAAAAAGGUGGUAAGGUCGGGCACCGGCUCUUCUUUUACCUGUAUGCCUUUUUCUUCGGCCUAGGAAGCUUCAUUGGAAACGACCCGAUUAUUCUCUCCGGUACCGCAUUCCUCGCCUAUAUGACGCGAGUAUCAAGCAACAUUGUCCAUCCAAGAGCUUGGAUUCACAGUCAGUUUGCUGUUGCCAAUGUCGCCUCCGCGAUCCUUGUCUCCUCGAACCCAACCAAUCUCGUGCUAGCUGGGGCUUUCCAGGUCAAAUUCAUUGAGUACACUGCUAACAUGAUUGUUCCCGUCGUGGUCACCGCUAUUGUCUUGUUUCCUUUUCUACUGUACAUCAUCUUCGCGGAUGAAUCCCUCAUCCCUCUUUCCAUCAAGAUGCACGAGCUCACAGAAGAAGAAAAAGAGAAGAAGCCCGUAAACCCCAACAUACCUCAUGCGAGGGGAAGGGCCGAUGAACAAGAGGACUUCGCGGACGACGAACAAAAGCUCUCCCUCGAAGAGAUCAUGAACCCUUUCCUGGAUAAAGGGGGUGCUGCAUUUGGAGCUCUCAUCAUGGCGGCCACGCUCAUUACUCUGCUAGCCCUCAAUGCUUCUAGCCAACAUGGCCACCCUAAACCCGUUUUCUGGGUGACCCUGCCGGCUGCGGUGGUCAUGCUGUGCUGGGAUCUUGCGUUCGGAUGGUACCACCGUCGUGAAACACGCGAGAUUGCCCGUAAAGGCCGCGCAGAAAUUGAGCAGGCCCGAGCGGAGCGUGCCCUUAGAGAUGAGGAAGCUAUGCGCGCACAACAGAUUGCCGAGGCAUAUGAAUUCGCUGAAUCGACAGAAUCCCGAUUACAGAAAGAGCCCCACGCUGAACCAGGCACUGAUGAGGGGAAUACGGCCGAUGUCACAAACGUACGGCCAUCAGAUCGAGUUUCUACCGGCUUUUCGUCCCAAAUGUCGGAUGGCCAAAGUCAGACGCUGGCCUCUCCUCUAGAAUCAUCCAUUUCGACACUGGCCCCCAAGGAUGAUCCGUUGCAGAACGGACAAUCCACAACCGACGCCAUGAGCACGCUGAACGAAAAGCAGGAACUCUCCACGUCCGCCCCACGGGAGCUGUCAGGUGCAACUUCCAGUCUUGAGAUGGAUGUGGAAAGACGGGUAUUCUCCGAGAAUGUAUCGCACGAGGCCUCAUCAGGAUAUGGUCGAGAACGGGUAACUCUGGUGUCUCUUGCCGCAGACGUGUACAGGUGGUUGCAGGAGACAUUCCCCACUGCCACAGCGGUGGUGUCGCACAUGCCAUUUGCCCUUGUGCCUUUCUCCUUUGCCAUGUUUGUCCUCGUACAAGCUUUAGUCACCAAGGGCUGGGUCCCGGUCUUCGCUUACGGAUGGGACCAUUGGGUGGACAAGACGGGGACCGUCGGAGCUAUUGGAGGCAUGGGCUUUGUUUCGGUGAUCCUAUGUAACUUUGCUGGCACCAAUAUUGGUACUACCAUUCUCCUUUCCCGGGUCAUCCAGGCAUGGAAGCAGAUCAACGACGAGCAAGGCACCUUCAUCAGUGAUCGGACAUUUUGGGCGACUGUGUACAGUAUGGCGAUCGGAGUCAACUACGGUGCCUUUAGCACGGCGUUUAGUGCAUCGUUAGCCGGUCUGCUUUGGCGGGAUAUUCUUGCGAGGAAGCAUAUUCGCGUCCGCAGCCUUGACUUUGCACGAGUGAACCUUCCCAUCAUUGCCAUUUCCAUGGCUGUAGGGUGUGCCGUCCUCGUUGGGGAGGUCUACAUCAUGAGAGAUAACUCUCCCUAUAAUCCACCACGAUGA